ACAUGCCAACGACACUUUCUUCGACCUACCUGAUGGAUCGCGGAUCACAUUUGAAAGCGGCCACCAUGCAGAAGUUCACGGUUGCAGCCAUCCAAAUGGUGUCUCGGGCCACCCUAUCUCCAAACAUUGACACCGUACGACGCCUGGUGGGAGAAGCAGCGGCAUCAGGUGCGUCUGUGGUUCUCCUGCCCGAGUAUUGGGGUCUGCUCGGCCGCAAGGACACGGACAAGGUGGCAUUGCGCGAACCCUUUCAGGACGUGUCCAGGCCCAUGCAGCAGUGCAUGCAGUCUCUGGCCAAAGAGCACAAGAUUUGGCUCGUCGGGGGAACCAUUCCGCUCGAAAGCCCCACGGACGCCACCAAGGUGUACAACACCACGCUUGUGUACAACCCCGCCGGCGACGUCGUCCACCGCUACGACAAGGUCCAUCUCUUCGGGUACAUUCCUGGCAAUGGCCAACCGACGUACGACGAGGCCGCGACGAACUUUCGCGGCGAUCCCGCGCAGCAUGCGGUCGUAGACACACAUCUCGGUCCCAUUGGUCUGUCCGUGUGCUACGACCUCCGCUUCCCCGAAUACUACCGCGCGUUGGGUCCGUGCUCGCUGGUGGUCGUUCCUGCCGCCUUCACCCACACGACCGGCAAGGCGCACUGGGAAAUCCUCUUGAAGGCCCGCGCCAUCGAGAACCAGUGCUACGUGCUGGCGGCGGCGCAGGGUGGUGUCCACGAGAAUGGUCGGCACACGUGGGGCCAAUCCAUGCUCAUCGAUCCAUGGGGCGUCAUCGUCAGUCAACUUGGACAAGGCGAGGGGGUCGUUGUGGGGGACGUCGACCUCGCCCACCUCUCGACCAUCCGCCAGCAACUCCCUGCCCUCCAACACAGAUGCCUUCCCUAGGUUAUCCUAGAUCCCUUAAUUGCUUUAUAAAAAACUGUCUUGCUUUGAUGCAACCAAAA